AUGAAGACCCUAGUAGUGUUGUCAACCCUCCUGGCCGCCGCUCUGGCUGUGCCAACCCUUCCCCUGUCUUCCGUGGGCAGCGGACGAAUUGUGGGAGGCGUGGAUGCCCUGCCUGGUGAAUUCCCUCAGAUUUGCUCCCUGCAGUGGGUUCUGCUCACAGCCAGUACACAUAUGUGCGGAGAGGCAAAAUGGUCGCUUGUCGCCUCCUGUACGAGAACCCCAACAAACAACAAAAAUACAUACUCCUUGUCCAUCAUCAACAACAACUGGGUCCUCACGGCCGCCCACUGCCUCACCGAAUCCCCCAACAUUGGACGCCUGGAAGUGCUCUGCGGUAAGCUCAACUUGGCCAUCACGGAGCCCAAUCAGGCUCGCGUUGGCAUCGCCAAUCAGGUCAUCCAUGACGAAUGGGUAGCCGGAGGCGUGGGACCAUACGACAUCGCUCUGAUCCGAUUGUCCGCUCCACUCAUCUACAAUCCCUGGAUCCAGCCAGUGACUCUCCCGACGCCCGGAACUCAUCCGACCGGAGCCGCCACCAUCAUUGGUUGGGGAAACACGGCCACCGGCCAGAUUCCCAACAAUCCCGACAUCCUGCAAAAGGCCCCAGUGCCCAUCAUUGCCUACGCUCAAUGCCGCGCAGCCCUGGAGGCCCUCAAUGCCGGCCAUGUGUUCAGUGACGACAAGAUCUGCACUGGUCCAUUGACUGGUGGCAUCAGCGCGUGCAGCGGUGACUCUGGAUCGCCAGUCCUGCAGGGCAACACGCAAGUAGGAAUCGUCUCUUGGGGCUUCAUUCCUUGUGGUGGUGCUGGCGCCCCAUCAGUCCACAUGCGUGUGUCUCACUUCAUCGGCUGGAUCAACACUAUCAUCGCUAACUGAGUGCUCAAG